AUGAGUGCCCGGUCUGCAUACAGCUGUCAAAUACAGGGAUGCAACGCUGUGUUAAUAUUAUGCGGUCUAGCGGCAGCAGGCCUGGCUGGAAGUCAAUUUUCAAGAGUUGGCAUUCAUAACUACCGCGAUAUUGAUUUGCGAAUCUUGAACUGGAUCCAUGCGUUGACAGGAUUGAUUGGUAUCUAUUCAAUUGCUCGAAACCAUGGUAGCAUCGUGACAAAGACCCUCUACUGCGUGUCGAUCGUGAUCGGAGUGGCCACGGCCGUCUUCUACGGGUUCACGACGUAUCGCAUUGUGGAUGCCAAGCGAAACCUCCAAUCCCUCCAAAAUGCGGCCGGCUUUGAUGCCGAAUUUGGGGCGGAGGAAGGGAACUACACGGGCAGGAUCGUUAUUUCAGCGAUUAUGAUUGGAGUGCCAGCCGUUGCCGCUCUUGUCUCGUUGAUAGCAAUUAUCUUGCUUGAUCGUUUGGUCCUCGUUGCUUAUCCGGUCUACCCCACUCAAAAUCGGGAAGUAGAAAUUGCUGCCGAAAACUCGAAGAAAGCACUUGCCGCCAUCGCCGCCAUCAAAUUAUUACUAGGUGUCGGCGUGCUGGGCCUUUGCGUCUUUGUUGAGUAUGAGCACGAGAACGUCGCCAGUGCCGACAAUCGGUACAUCAAGAUCGCGUUGGACCACAUUUCCGCAAUGCUGUGCAUCUGUUCAGCCGUCGUGGACCUGUUCGCCGUGGCCAUCGCCAUGUCUAUUAUUGCCGCUGUGUGGACGCUGAAGACCGUCGAGCAGAACACGUUCCCAUUUUACAAGAAUGAUUUGAAGUUUUACUAUCUGGCAAAGCAGACAAAUGAUCCAUCCGUUGCCUCCGUCAGCUCCCCAAGAUAUAUUAUUAUUGUCUGCCACGGAGUGCUGAUCGGCUGCUUUGGAUUGUUGUUUAUUCUAUCCUGCUUGUCGGCCUUGGCAACUGGAUCGUUCCUACAAUCUGAUUAUUUGUCGUUGAACCAACGAGCUGAGAGAGGACUGUCGGUGCAGGGAAAAAUGUUCUCUGCUCUUCACAUCCUUUGGGCUGCCGGCUUCAUGGGCCUAGUAAUCCUCGGCCUACUCGAUCUAUCAUGGCGUGGCGAAUUUAUUGGGGGAGACCUUCUUUGGGUCAGUAUCCUCUUCUUUGUCACUGGAGCCCUUACCUCAAAUAACCACAGCACGAUGCUGAGCACCAAAUUUGUGCUGAACAUUGUUUGUCUGGGGAUAUCGGUGGAGAAGCUCUGCGCUUCGGUCAAUUUGAUCUACCAAUACUCGAGCUAUCCGAUUUACACCCGGGGCCCUGAGCGUACAUUUAUUGGCCAAAUCGUGUUGGUGUCGAUUCAGACAGGGUUAUUCGGAGCUGAAGCUCUGACCUCCCUGGCAAGCUCCGUCAUCUUUGGGAGGGCUCUAUCUCGGCUGCCAUCUAGCACCUAUCGUCACUCAAAUGCAAUCCACACCUUCUUUGCCCUUGGCACCUUAUUCUACGCCGUCGUCAUCACCGGAUGCUACGUCGUGUUUGAGCUCGGAAAGUGGCGAUACAAUGAAGUCCCAAUUGACGUUCCUUUCUUCCGACUCGGAAAUGGUCCUCUGGCCGGAGCGGUGUUCAUCGUCCAGCUUGUCUGCGUCUGCUACCCACGAUUAUUGGCUGCAUCAACACUGCUCCACAUUAUCGUCGCUGCUAUCGCUCACUUUACCAUCUCGUCGGCGAUGACCAACACUUUCUAUCUGUAUCAACUCCUUCAUUCCCAAGACAUCAUCCGCGCUUCCACAGAACAGGAAACGAUCUUUCAGGUUGCUAUCAUCCUGGCAGCUGGUGCUACUUUGGCUUGCGCGGUUGCCACUUUCUGUGGAACGAUAUGUGCACUAAGAUCAUCCUACAUCUUGCAUCACAAAUCUGCAUCCACGAACUCGACCGUGGUUGCGCCACUUGAGGAAAAUUUCGGCAGUUUGCGGUACAACUCGAUGGCACCACCGCCAGGAACAUCGCCGUUGCCAAUCCAGCCGAUGGAGGAGCAAUCUGUGUACUGGAGUGCCGAUGAAAACCCAUUUUACUACCAUACUUCUAAGCGAUUCUACGGGCAGCCAUACCAAAUUGAAUCUGGCUUCUAUGGCUACGCUCUAGCGAACCCUAACCAAGGCGUCCAUCACCAUCGACGAUUAACAUCACACGCGGUUCAAACACAAAUCGGCCAUGCUUUCGAAGAAGAACGG